AUGGCGACCGAUCCUUAUCUACAUCUGGUGGAAGUUCUUUCCCAGUUUGACAACGCUAAUAAAUAUCAACCAUUUGAAGUAAUCAACACGAGUUACAAAGGCUUAAACGAGGGUCGCUCUCACAUCAAUGCCGACAUCCUCAUACCACGGACUAUACUAUCUAAACAAGAACUUUCAAAAUACCCAGUAAUGAUACGGAUUCAUGGCGGAUUUUUGGUUACCGGUUCUAGCCAUUAUCCUGUUUGGUUCGCGAAUUGGACGUUGGACUACGCCAUUUCAACAGGUGCAAUUAUCGUGGCUCCAGACUACCGUUUGUUGCCUGAAGUAUCCGGAAAAGAGAUAUUGGAAGACAUGGACGAUUUUUGGCAUUGGGUGCAUACCCCCCAAUUUGCUGAAAUAAUCAAAGACGCCAGCGGCGGUCACAUUAUUCCCGACCUUGACAGGCUCCUCGUUGUUGGGGAAAGCGCAGGCGGAUAUCUGGCUAUGCAACUCGCACUCAGCCACCCAUCGGAAAUUCGUGCGGUUAUCGGAGCCUAUCCGGUCCUUGAUGUGAAGUCAAGGUUCUACACAGAGGCAUAUUCCAAACCUAUCCUUGGAGUGCCCAACCUGCCGAAUGAAAUUAUUGAAGAACACAUUUCAGCUAUGCGAUGCGCACCCUCACCUACCGCGGUUACUGGUGCGAAUCCCCCGGAUCGUCUAAAGCUGGCAUUCUCGGUCUUUCAAAAUGGUCGAUUACUAGAGUUCCUCGGGUCAGAAGACUAUCUAUUCCCACUGACUAGGGUUGAGAGUCUCGCUUCUACCGGAAAUCUGAAACUACCUCCAACUUUUAUUUUCCAUGGAAAACAGGACUCAGCUGUGCCAUUUGAGGGCUCUCAGCGGUUUUACGAUUUAGUGCGAGAAAGAGCGCCUGAUGCAAUAAUUAAGUUCUACGGUGGAGAUGGUGAUCAUGGGUUUGACUUUGCGACAACGCUGGAAACGGAUUGGAUGAAAGACGGGUUGGAAAUUAUUUCAACCGCUUGGCUUCGCUAA